AUGGGGUGCGGCCACUCCAAGCCGCCCCGUCGGGAUCAGGACGCGCCGGUCGCGCUCUGCCGGGACCGCUCCGCGCUGCUGGCCCAAGCCAUUCGCCACCGCUACGCCCUCGCCGACGCCCACCGCGCCUACGCCGCCUCGCUGCGCGCCGCCGGCGCCGCGCUGCACGACUUCCUCCUACUGCAGCCGCAGCCGCCGCCGCCCGAGCCAGCCGCGCUGCCGCUGCGCCUCCCCGAGCGCCGGAAGGGGGACCCGCUCCCCGCCGCCGACGCGCCCAACAACAAGGCCGAUGACGACGCCGGCCACAUAUGCUUCCACUCGGACGACGAAGACGGCCCCGACGGUGCGCACAUCAGCUUCCCGUCCGACGACGAGGCCGACACGGAUGUCCCACGCCUCGAGCCCCUCCCGCCCGCGGCACCCGCGCCGCCGCCGCAGGUGGCCCCGCCUUACUAUUCUCGAUACGCUCCGCCGCUCUACAGCCACGUCCCAGGCCACGCGUAUGGGUACGGGGCCGACAUUGACGGCUAUGGACAUAAUUUCUUCAACAUCAGCUAUGCCCGCAGCCAGCCGCCGCCGUCUUCUGUGUCAUACGAGCACCGCACCCAAGCCACCAACGCCACCGUCCAUUACUACCCGGGCAAUGGUGCCUCCGGCCCACCGCUGCCCGGAUCUUACUACGGCGGCUAUCAGUACCGGUACCCCAACGACAGCGGCUUCCAUGAGACGGCAGCCUCCUCCGUCGAUGGGACUGUGCCGUCGCCACCGCAGGUGUCGAGCUGGGACUUCUUUAACCCGUUUCAGUCAGUUGAAACUUACUACCAAGAGGAGCCGGCUGCUGUGGCGGCCCAUACCCCCAGGCGGACCACGCAGGAGGGGAGCGAAUGCGAAAUCCUGGAAUUGGAGAAUGCGAAAGUGGAAGAAGAGGUCGUCAAGGAGGAAGUACGCAACAAUGGCAACCACGACAGUGAAGCCGACAGAGCUGGGCUCGCCAAGGACAAAGGGAGGAGCGGUGCCGGCGAGGAGCCGCGCAGGGAGUCCAAGUCGUCAGAGGCAAGCAGCAUGGUUCAUGAUGUCCAUGUAGUGGAGAAGAGUGUGGUGGAAGAACAUUCAGAUGCCGCUGCUGCGGUUCCCGGGAAGUCCUACAACGAUGAUAUUGAGGUGGCACGGGAGAUCAGGUCGCAGUUCGAGCAUGCAGCAAACUCUGCAGCCAAUGUAUCCAAGGUGCUCGAGGUUGGGAAGAUGCCUUACCACCACAAGAGCUCAGGACUGAAAGUAUCCUCAUCGAUGAUAAUCUGUGUCCGGCCUUCAGUCGGCGAGGAGUUCCUGCAGUUUGUGGAGGACAAAGCUACAGAACAUGGCAACCUUUCUUCGACAUUGCAGAAGCUCUACAUGUGGGAGGAGAAGCUUCUUGAAGAACUCAAGACCGAGGAGAAGAUGAGGGUGCUGUAUGAUAAAAAAUGUGAGGAACUAAAAGUUCUUUAUGAGAGAGGUGCUGAGGCUCAUAAACUUGAGGACAGUGAAACUUAUAUCAGGAAGCUAUCGACAAAAAUAAGUGUUGCCAUUCAGGUUGUCAACACUAUCUCAAAGAAGAUCAAUAAGCUGAGAGAUGAAGAAUUAUGGCCGCAAACAAAUGAGCUGAUUCAAGGGUUGAUGCAAAUGUGGCAUGCCAUGUCAGAAUGCCAUAAAAUCCAGUGCCAUGCCUUGGCCCAAGCUAAAAGCAUCGACUCCACCGUCGCAGCUACAAGAUUCAGUGAAGCUCAUAUCGACUUAAUCAAGAAUCUGGAGCUCGAGUUGCUGGAUUUGGUUGCCAGUUUUGCUGCAUGGGUUAACGCACAAACGAGCUACAUUGGCACUAUAAACGACUGGCUGAGGAAGGGGAUUGACUAUGUGCCUGAAUUGACCAAUGACGGCACUCCCCCGUUCUCCCCAGGGCGCCUGGGAGCACCCCCCAUUUUCAUCAUCUGUAAUAACUGGGCGACCGGAAUCGCGAGGAUACCGGAGACGGGGGUGGUAGACACCAUGCAGGCUCUUGCCUCCCAGAUUCUGCACCUGUGGGAGAAGCACAGGCUAGAGUGGAGGCAGGGCAUGAUGGCCAACAGAGAAAUGGACAGGGAGCUUAGAGUGAUGGAGAGGGAUCAAGUGUCCAUGCGCAAGGCCCUCGAAGCACAGAAUAAGAAGCUCGUGCUUGUUUCGAAUCAGGGCGGCGUGUCCUUAUCUGCGCAGGCUGUACGAGAUGGUGAUCCACCCUCUGAAGCGGGUUUGCAAUCAUGCAUGAACAAGUUUUUCCAAGCGAUGGAGAGCUUCGCCGCCGCCUGCGCAAAUGCGUACAAGGAUCUCCAUCUUCGUUGUGAAGAGAGAACUCGACCUGCCCAGGAGACCGACAGAGUUUCCUAG